GGUCUGCUCCGAAAAAUUUCUUGUGCCUCAGGUUACCAAAUAUAGAUCUACUAUAUAUAGUAUAUAACAAGGACGGUUAGUACAUAUCUUUGCCUCCGGUUACGUAAUCUUUGCAGAAUUGGUCAGCGCCACCCUGGGGAGGGAGAGUCUGGCUGCUGGCUCAUCGUGGCCUUCUUCGUCUUCCCUAAACAUGGACAGUUUAUUGGGUCUCCUUAGAAUUCGCGUCAAGCGGGGCCUCAACCUUGCCGUCCGGGACGUCCGUAGCAGCGAUCCUUACGUCGUCGUCAAGAUGGGCAAACAGAAAUUGAAGACUCGUGUUAUCAGAAAGGAUGUCAAUCCUGAAUGGAAUGAAGAUUUAACUCUUUCCAUUUCAGAUCCUAAUCUCCCAAUCAAGUUGACUGUGUACGACCAUGACACGUUCUCCAAAGAUGACAAAAUGGGAGAUGCAGAGUUUGACAUUAAAGCACUAGUAGAGGCCAUGAGAAUGGAUUUGCACGGGCUUUCAUCUGGGGUAACAGUCACAAGAGUCGAACCGUCAAGGCAAAACUGCCUAGCGGAAGCUAGCUCUAUUAAGUGGACAGACAGGAAGGUUAGUCAAGAUUUGUGCCUCAGAUUGAGAAAUGUGGAAUGUGGUGAAGUGGAACUGUCCCUGCACUGGGUUGACCUUCCUGCCACCAAGGCUUUAUAGAGUUCAUGAAGGAUGUUUACUUACUUGCUAUUAUCCACAAUAUGGGUAAAUAGUAGGGGUUGUGUUUGGUAUACAAUAAUACAUGUAUGACAGAUUGACCUUCCCGUACGUUAAUAGCGUAUGGGAUAGACGUUUUUCUCUUCUGUUGUCAAUUUUUGUGUGUAAGUUCCUAUUACCCGUUCUCUUUUUUGUUUUUGUGUUUUUGUAAACUUGUGCCUGUUUCAAUUGCAGGUUUUGUUUAAAAUGUUAUCUAAACCGAUUGCAAUUU